CGGCGCCGGCCGCGGCGCCUGCGCGGUGGGCGCGAUCCGGGCACUUAGGGCAGGAUGAACGCGGCUUUCCAAGAUGGCGACGGAGGGAGGAGGGAAGGAGAUGAACGAGAUUAAGACCCAGUUCACCACCCGGGAAGGUCUGUACAAGCUGCUACCGCACUCGGAGUACAGCCGGCCCAACCGGGUGCCCUUCAACUCGCAGGGAUCCAACCCUGUCCGCGUCUCCUUCGUAAACCUCAACGACCAGUCUGGCAACGGAGACCGCCUCUGCUUCAAUGUGGGCCGGGAGCUCUACUUCUAUAUCUACAAGGGGGUCCGCAAGGCUGCUGACUUGAGUAAACCAAUAGAUAAAAGGAUAUACAAAGGAACACAGCCUACUUGUCAUGACUUCAACCACCUGGCAGCCACAGCAGAGAGUGUCUCUCUCCUAGUGGGCUUUUCCGCAGGCCAAGUCCAGCUUAUAGACCCAAUCAAAAAAGAAACUAGCAAGCUAUUUAAUGAGGAAAAUUCUUGUCAGCACUUGUGGAAGGUGGAUUGGAGUGAAGGAAGAGAGAAUGAAGGUAGCAAGACCAGUGAGAAGGCUCUAGUAACUAUCCAGAGACUAAUAGACAAGUCCCGCGUAAGCUGUGUCAAAUGGGUGCCUGGCUCGGAAAGCCUUUUCCUAGUAGCCCAUUCGAGUGGGAACAUGUACUUGUAUAAUGUGGAGCACACUUGUGGCACCACAGCCCCCCACUACCAGCUUCUGAAGCAGGGAGAGAGCUUUGCCGUGCACACUUGCAAGAGCAAAUCCACGAGGAACCCUCUCCUUAAGUGGACGGUGGGCGAGGGGGCCCUCAACGAGUUUGCUUUCUCCCCAGAUGGCAAGUUCUUAGCGUGUGUGAGCCAGGACGGGUUUCUGCGGGUGUUCAACUUCGACUCGGUGGAGCUGCACGGCACGAUGAAAAGCUACUUUGGGGGCUUGCUCUGUGUGUGCUGGAGCCCCGACGGCAAGUACAUUGUGACUGGCGGCGAGGACGACUUGGUGACGGUCUGGUCCUUUGUGGACUGCCGUGUCAUCGCUAGAGGCCACGGGCACAAGUCGUGGGUCAGUGUUGUGGCGUUCGACCCCUAUACCACGAGCGUAGAGGAAAGCGACCCCCUGGAGUUCAGCGGCAGCGACGAGGACUUCCAGGACCUUCUGCAUUUUGGCAGAGAUCGCGCCAACAGCACACAGUCCAGGCUGUCCAAACGGAACUCUACAGACAGCCGCCCCGUGAGCGUCACGUACCGGUUCGGCUCGGUGGGUCAGGACACGCAGCUGUGCUUGUGGGACCUCACGGAAGACAUCCUUUUCCCCCACCAGCCCCUCUCGAGGGCCAGGACACACACCAAUGUCAUGAAUGCCACCAGUCCUCCCGCCGGGAGCAAUGGCAACAGUGUCACCACGCCCGGGAACUCGGUGCCCCCUCCGCUGCCACGCUCCAACAGCCUUCCCCACGCGGCCGUCUCCAACGCCGGCAGCAAGAGCAGCGUCAUGGACGGGGCCAUCGCCUCCGGCGUCAGCAAGUUCGCAACCCUCUCGCUGCACGACCGGAAGGAGCGACACCACGAGAAAGACCACAAGCGGAACCACAGCAUGGGACACAUUUCUAGCAAGAGCAGUGACAAACUGAACCUAGUUACUAAAGCCAAAACGGACCCAGCUAAAACUUUGGGGACACCCCUGUGUCCUCGGAUGGAAGACGUUCCCUUGUUAGAGCCGCUGAUCUGUAAAAAGAUAGCACACGAAAGACUGACUGUAUUAAUUUUUCUUGAAGACUGUAUAGUGACUGCUUGUCAGGAGGGAUUUAUUUGCACAUGGGGAAGGCCUGGUAAAGUGGGCUUAUUGUCAUCCCCAAACCAGGCCAGUUCUCCAGGCGGAACCGUAGUGUAGCGACCGCUGCUGCUCCCAGACUCCCCGGAGGCGGCGACCACGGUGAGGAGGCGCGUGGAGCCGAGCGCACCGGAGCCACGCGGGCGGGCCCGUGGAAGGACGCCCG